GCCACAAUUACCAACUGUUAUCUGACAGAACAGCUAAAAUACUGAAAUCUGAUCCAGAUCAACUAUAUUCUGAUUUACUGGGAAGCUCCUAGAAUGUAAAACGGGGCCUGAACUCUAAAGAGGUCAUGGAGGGACAGUAAUGGAUGAAAUAUUGAAUAGAGAGAGAGGAAAAACUCAUUACAAGGUAAAGAAAAACACUUGAGUUAAUUUCAUGGACUAGUUCAGAGCCAGAACAGGUGACAGAAGGGGAGCUGUCCAAUAUGCAGGCGGACUGGCCCCCAUCAACUCCCUGCGUGUGAAUGAAAUAAAUAAACAAUGAAUGGUCCACUCUCCUCGCUCGCAGCAUCCCAUCUCAUGCAUGGCUGCCAGUGAUGGUCUGCUGGGUGUCAGCUUUUAUUGGCACGGCACAAAGCAAGUGCCAAGGGUUCGGUGGGCUCGACUCCCCGCCGCAGAGUGUGGAUAAAAGCAGAGCAAAAUGCCUCAGCAGAGCUCAGAGGCAUAGACAUGUUGGGCUGGAACGAGGAAGUGCAGUGGAGAGGGGAGGGACUCAGGGCGCAGCUCCAUGGGGCCGCCGCGGCGCUGCGACCUUCUGCACAUGGAGCCGGGGAGAGUUGGAAGAACUUCAUUCUGCAAACUCAAGGAAUAGCAGAAUACUUGCACCGCAUGGAGACCGAAGAGGCCCAGGAAAUGGCGCAGAUGCCAGGCAGGGAGAGCCCCCCAGCCAAUGAAGCGUCUGAGGAGGCAGAGGAGCCCAUGGCCGUCCCCGAAGACCUGUCAGCCGGUUCCACCCACCAGCAGAACAACCGGGGGGACAAAGCCUGUAACAUUAAAGUUGAGGCUCGCAGUGAUGAGGAGAGUGGGCUGGCCUGUGACAUGAUGAAUGGCGUGGAGGAGGAGGAGUGCGCAGAAGACUUGCGCGUGGUCGACCCCUCCGGGGCCAAGCUGAACGGCUCACAGCCGAGUCCCGAAGCCAAGGCCUUCUCCUCGGCUGGCGGUAUCCGGCUGCCCAACGGGAAGCUCAAGUGCGAUAUCUGUGGGAUAGUUUGCAUUGGCCCCAAUGUGUUGAUGGUGCACAAGCGAAGCCACACCGGCGAGCGGCCGUUCCAGUGCAGCCAGUGCGGCGCCUCCUUCACUCAGAAGGGCAACCUGCUGCGUCACAUCAAGCUCCACUCAGGGGAGAAACCCUUCAAGUGUCACCUGUGCAGCUACGCCUGCCGCAGGAGGGACGCCCUCACCGGACACCUGCGCACCCACUCAGUUGGAAAACCGCACAAGUGCGCCUACUGUGGCCGGAGCUACAAGCAGCGCAGCUCCCUGGAGGAGCACAAGGAGCGCUGCCACAACUACCUGCAGUGCAUGGGCCUGCAGAACAGCAUCUACACAGUAGUAAAGGAAGAAAGCAGCCAGAAUGAGCAGAGGGAAGACUUAAGCCAGACGGGAUCUGACAGAGCCUUGGUGCUAGACAGACUAGCUAAUAAUGUAGCUAAGCGUAAGAGCACUAUGCCCCAGAAGUUUGUGGGAGACAAACGUCUGUCGGAUCUGUCGUACGACGGCGGGUCGGGAGAACUCAUCCAGCCGCACGUCAUCGACCAGGCCAUCAACAGCGCCAUAAGCUACCUGGGGGCGGAGUCUCUGCGGCCGCUGGUCCAGACCUCCCCGGCGCCCUCCGAGGUCGGCCUCGGCGCCAUCUACCCGCUGCACAAGCCGGCCUCGGAGGGCCACGUGGGCGCCGUCCUGUCGGCCAAAGACAGCGCGGCCGAGAACCUGCUGCUGCUGUCCAAGUCGGCGCCCAGCGACAAGGACGGCUCGCCCAGCCACAGCGGCCAGGACUCCACCGACACCGAGAGCAACAACGAGGACCGGACGGGCGCGGCCACCGGCCUCAUCUACCUGACCAACCACAUGGGCAUGAGGAACGGCGUGCUGCCGCUGGUCAAGGAGGAGCAGCAGAGGUACGACGCCAUCAGGGAGGUGGCCGCCGACGGCUUCAAGGUGGUGACGGCGGACGGCGAGCAGGUGAGAGCGUACCGCUGCGAGCCGUGCCGCGUACUCUUUCUGGACCACGUCAUGUACACCAUUCACAUGGGCUGCCACGACCACAGAGACCCCUUCGAGUGCAACAUCUGCGGCCACCGGAGUCAAGACCGCUACGAGUUCUCGUCUCACAUAACCCGCGGAGAGCAUCGCUGAUGAGCGCCCCCUUCAGUCCACACUGCAAAAACACAACAUAUUACAUUUGGUCUACUACCUUCUCGUGGAUAUACCGCAAUUCCCAUUUCAGACAAGAAUAUCAGUAUCGGACAGAAUCGGGAUCGGCAGGUCAGGCUUUUUAAAAUCGCGAUUGGCCAGAAGUUUUGUUUUAUUUCAAAGAAAUUGGAGAAAAAUACUUUGUAAAAUUUAGUGUUUUUGCAGUGCAAAAAAGACAAAGCAAAUACCAUAAAAACCAAACAUCUGCAAUAAAGGUGUUGAAAUACAUGAUGUAAAAUACACUCCUAAUGUCUGGGAGUUUUUAAACCAUGUUGCAUGUUUGUUGAUAUAUAAAUAUAUGAAAAACUUCUCUUUUUUUAUUGUUUUAAAUAAAAUGUUUCCGAAAACAUGAACAACUGUUGUAGAAAAUGCAGCCAAAAAUAUAAAGGGACCUUUUUCUUUUUAUUAAAAUGAACAAGACUUGCACCAAAAUAAAAAAAGAACAAAGAAUCAGUGCAAACAAAACACAGCUAACUGGAGGUAAAUACAAUCAGCAAAAGGUGAACCCAGAGUCCUGUAAAAUGUCUCAAGCCGUCACCUUUUGCUCGUCUUUGUGGGAUUAUUUAUAAAACAUUUUCAUGCUUGUCUGUUUUUUUAUAUUUAUUACAGUGAUUGAUGUUUUGUGUAAUAGAGUAGCAUCUUUUUUCUGUUCAGCUGUACUAAAAAUGUGUGUGAGAGGAAUUUGUGUCUGCUGCUGGAGGCUGUUCAUGUAAAGGAUGGAGAUCUGCUGUAUCGGAAACUUAGUUAAGUUACCAUCGUCUGGAGAGAGGGUUACGCUUUCAAGAUGUCAAUAAAGGAUAUUUUAUAUAUGCA